AUGGAGCACACGCCUGUCCCCUCUAGUUGGUCACCAUAUUUCAAACGGCUAUUCUCCAUAUUUCACGAAAUAAACAAGCAUGCUACUUUUCUAGCGUCUCAUUCACGAAGUGUCAUACCAUCGGUGCAACUAUUUCAAAAAUUGAACCAAACAAUCACAACUACAGAUUUGGCAGCCAUUAAGUUUUUAUUUCCUGAAGAUGAGGUGUUUUUUGAUUACGUGGAUGAAAACCAAAUCAUGGUUUCCUUUGUGGAGGAAGUCAAAUUAGGGAGUAAGGGUUAUGGUCAAACACCAGUGGCAGAUAAAUUUGAUGAUAGUCGCCCUCAACAAUCCAAACAAAUCCUUAUUUUUGAUUUCCAGGACGUGAAAAUACAUGGGAUAGGCAAGAUGGUCAAAGGCAGAAAGAGGAUGAAGAUGGACACCAAGCCAAAGGAGUUUAAUGAGUCUAUGAGAGAGGGCUUUUUUCUCAACAAUAUUAAUAGCGCUUUGAAACCAUUAGAUAAAGACAACUUGACCAGAAUAAUAUUAGGAAGAAGUAGUCGAUUCAAGCAGUUUAUUCUGGAAUAUAUUGGGAAAUUUGACACUAUGAAUCAAGCAGAAGAAGGGUUGACGAAGCAAGCUUUGAAGUUGAUUCCUGAGGAGCCGAAGUUAGAGGAUAUGGUGAAAGUGCUCCAAGCCAAGGAAAACGUUGCAACUAACGAUAAGCUGCUAUAUACUGCAGAUGAAAUGAUAGAGUCGUUGAAGCUUUCUAGGACAUAUGCUGGCCAGAUUGUAGCGACUCAUAAAUUACAUGAAACUCAACCACCUCAGUACCAAGCCUUAUCAAGUCAUGCGUCUGAAAGCCUUCAUCCUGAGUUGAGAGAAGCUCUACUAGGUGCGAAAGGUAUAUCAAUAGACGAGGGACUUUAUACCCACCAAGCAGAAUCCUUGGAAAUCUUGUUGGAUGAGUACAAUGAAACCCAUGUCAUAGUCAGUACUCUGACGGCGUCUGGAAAGUCUCUCAUAUACCAAUUACCCGUGCUCAAUUCCAUUUUGUGGGAUAUAACCAAUGGGAUAAAGGACAAAAGAACUACUGCGUUAUUCAUAUUUCCUACCAAGGCUUUAGCUCAAGAUCAAAUCAAGCAAUUUCGAACAUUUUUGAACCACUUACCCAGCAAUUCUAAGCGACCAAUAGUUAUAGACACUUAUGACGGUGACACUCCUUUUACUGAAAGAGUUCGAAUACUGAAAGAAGCAGAUAUAUUGUUUACCAAUCCAGAUACCAUCCACGCUUCUAUACUACCCAACAGCAACUUUGAGUCUUGGAGGAACUUUAUGAAAGGUCUCAAAUACGUUGUUGUUGAUGAGUUGCACAUUUACAAGGGAACGUUUGGUAUAAAUGUUGGCUAUGUCAUGGCACGUCUUUCAAGGAUCAAGAACAUAUUCUGCCCAGAUGAAAAGAGUUUCCAUUUUGUGUCUUGCUCAGCAACCAUUAACAACCCUGUUCGACAUUUCCGAACAAUAUGCUCGAUUCCAGAGGAGUCAAAAGUUGUGCAUGUGUCCAAUGAUGGAAGUGCAAGGUGCGAAAAGAAAAUGCUUGUUUGGAACCCCCCAGUUUUAAUGAAUAACCGUGGAGAAAGAGGACGAGCAGAUUCUAAUAGCAAAUUGAUUACCAGAGUGAGUCCCAUUUUUGAGCUGGCAAGGCUUUUGCUUACCCUCUUGACUGAAUUGCGUGGUUUAAAGGUUAUUGUUUUUUGCCCAAUACGAGUGGUUUCGGAAAUGAUGAUGCGAGAGGUGAGGACCCUUUUGCAAAAGCCACCAUUUUCCAAACUGGGAUUGGUACAAAGUGAUAUAAUGUCAUAUCGAGGUGGUUACAGCAAAUCUGAUCGACGCGUCAUUGAGAAGAAGAUGUUUGAGGGACAAUUGCGAGCUAUAAUCGCUACAAAUGCAUUGGAGUUGGGUAUUGAUAUAUCAGACUUGGAUGUUGUGAUUACUUGUGGGUUCCCAAUACUGAAACUGAACUUGCAUCAACAAUUUGGAAGAGCCGGUAGGCGGAAGGAUGCAAAAGGGAGUGUGGUUAUAUUCGUACCAGGAAGGUCUCCCAUUGACCAGCAUUAUAUCGAGCACGCUGAUGAUUUAGUUCAAAACACUUAUGAGGAUUUAUGUGUUGACAGUUUGCGUGACAUGGAGCACGGCCUGUUGAUCUUGGAAAGACAUUUGCAAUGUGCUGCUUAUGAGGAUGCAAUUGUGUUAAACGAUGACUACAAAUGGUUCUCCAAUGGUCGUAGCUUUAAGGCGUUCGAAAGUAUCUUGAAAGAGCAUUUGGUGCAAGACAUUGGCGACAGAUUUAUUCCUAGCCCCAAGUAUAUGCCCAAACCAUCCAAAUUGGUCUCUAUUAGAGCUGUUGAGGAUGACAAUGUUGCUGUCGUUGAUAUCACUGCUAAUAGAAAUAUUGUGAUUGAAGAAGUGGAGCUUCUGCGAACUACAUUCACUAUUUAUGAGGGAGGUAUUUUCUUACAUCAAGGGCAGCCCUAUCUAGUAAAGGAGUUCAAUGACAAGGAGAGAUAUGCAAAAGUUGAAAGAGUCAAUGUGGAUUGGACUACCUCCCAAAGGGAUUUUACAGAUGUAGAUCCUGAAGAAGUUGACUUGGUCAAACCGUUGGUGCCUAUUCCAAUGAAGAAGCCAGUGGAUAUACCUACAUUCUUUGGUCUAAUCAAGAUCACAAUGAAAGUGUUUGGAUUUUUCAAGGUCAAUAGAAAAGAGGAGAUUCUUGAGGUGGUGGAAGUCAAUAACCCACCGGUAGUUGCAUACGCUAAAGGAUGUUGGUUGAAUGUUCCUAAAGCUGCUAUCGAUAUCAUCAAAGCAAAGCAACUUUCUGCAGCCGGUGGCAUACACGCUGCCGCGCAUGGGAUUAUGAACAUGCUCCCCAUAUUUGUCAACUAUUCUCCUGCAAACGCUAAUCUAGGUGACUUUGAGUUGGCGACCGAGUGUAAAGCCCCUACAAAGGAGUUUAAAACUACGAAAUCAGAGCGUAAAAGGCCAGCAAGACUAGUUUUUUACGAUACAAAGGGGGGCAAAAGUGGGUCUGGGUACUCGUACAAAAUCUUUGAGUGCAUUGAUGAGUUGAUAAACUCUACUUUUAAUAGGAUUAAGCUGUGUGACUGUCAAUGGGGCUGCCCUUUAUGCAUAGUCAGCAAUGCCUGCCGAGAGCAAAUGCGUGUAAUGUCUCGUCCAGCAUCAUUGAUCGUACUAGCGUCGUUCUUGGGAUUGGAUUUGGAAAAGUUGGCAAGCACCUUGCCCGAUGGACCAGAGCCAGGAAUACCUCCAAUCUUGCACGAGACUAUCACGGCAGACACAUCGAGCGUACGGUUUUCCCCCAACGUUAGAAUACUUAAUAUAGCCACUGAGUGA